CCGACAUAUCUAUCUGGCAGGCCCUCAUUCAGCAAGGAGAUACUCUCUUAACAGCUCUCAAAGAUGAAUUUGACGGGCCAGUCCGUUACUUCUUGAUGAGCUUUUACUUCAGCCAUCUCUGCUAAUUUGAUUCAUAGGCAAACCUCUGCUCGAUGGUGUUAAUCUCUUCUGGCCUUGGGGGCAUCACCUUGAAACGGGCACUCGUGGGCCUAUAUGAGCAGUCCUAUAAUCCGGCAUACCAAAUGCUUCAACGUGCUCAAUCAGGAGUCGUCUUCCUCGGCGUUCCUCACCCUACAUAUCCUCGACGUGAUCUAUGGCCCAAGCUGACAGACAUGUUACGAGCGUGUACAAAUCUCAACAAAUCCCGACUGGAAGACGCCGAAAAUGAUGUUGCGACAGUGGCAAAUCUUUCCGAUAAAUUCGAACAGGCUGGCAUUACCAUUAAAGUCUUGUCUGUCUACGAGACUGUCAGAACCAAGGUUAGGAUGAACUGGUAUACUCCUUCGCGGCGUAUCAUGCUCGUUGGCGAAGUAAUUUCUGAAACAUCUGUCAAGAAUGAGCAUCCACUUGGGGUCCAUUCAGAUCAUCCAGGCAUCUGCAAAUUCUCGUCCGACAGUGAAUUAUUCAAUCAAUUAUCGGCUUUAGUACUCCAUGCAAUCGAGAAUCCUCCACGACCGCAGCUGCAGGCCUCCCCCACAUCUGGAACAUCUCUCAAUAGAAGACAGGGAAAAUCAGCCUGGGCAAGCACAGACUCAAACCCAGACACAAGCGAUUCUGCGAGGGAAUUGUCUCAAUCAUUACCGGCUGCUAUUCAUGGUUCCUCUGACGUUUCCAGUUAUGAGAUCAUCCCCCGCGUUGAAGAGUUUCUCCCACAGGACCGACUACCUCGACUUCCGUGUUACCUCAGAAACCCACAACAACCUAAUCCGCAUUUUGUCGGCCGAGAAGAUAUCUCGCAAGAGCUCGAUGUGGUGCUCCUACCACCCAAGCAUUUGGGUCGACGUUCAGAGUUGAGAUCAUUCGCUUUGUGUGGUUGGGGUGGACUAGGAAAGUCCCAGAUUGCAAUUAAUUACGCAUUCACUCGGGAGGAGUUUUUUGAUGCAAUAUUUUGGGUUCAAGCCGACGACACCACGAAACUAUCUAAAAGCUUCGACGAUAUUGCACAAGCUUUAGGGCUAGUUGGAGCAGCAGACACAGGUGACCGAGUAGUCAGCAGAAGUCUCGUAUUGGAAUGGCUUUCCGACCCUAGGAAGCAGCAGCCGGAAAGUAAUUCGAUUGAACUUCCGUCCACGUUUUCUACCGCUACGUGGCUCCUCAUUUUCGACAAUGCGGAUCGCAUCGAGUUGUUGCAGGACUAUUGGCCCAUCGGAGCUACGAAUGGUUCAAUUGUGAUAACGUCACGAGAUCCACUAGCUAGGAGAGAUUUGACCUCCAACAUCGGCAUCGAUCUUGCUCCUAUGACAACACAAGAUUGUGCCAAAUUACUUCUGAAAUUGACGAACCUCGCUGACACGAAAGAGUCACGCUCGGCCUCAAUUGCCAUCGUGGAGAAACUUUUCUGUGUUCCCUUGGCGGUGAGAGAGAUUGCCGCUCUCAUUCGACGCCGAGAAAUGAAACUCGAGGAGUUUCUGUCUACUUAUGAGAAUACAUCUCUUCUAGCGGAGAUAAGCAAAGCUGAUCAGCUCCCACAGCGGGAUCAGUACCAUCUAACUCUUGCUUCAGUCUGGAAGUUCGAAAAGUUCAAAUCACCAUCUGCUCUGUGUCUUAUCAGUCUCAUUUGUCUGCUGGAUCCCGAUCAAAUAUCAGAAUCUAUUCUUGAUCAACGUCUUACACCUGGAAAUCGGUUCGAGUACCCUGCUUCUUCUUGCCUUUACAUUGACGCGCGAACCGACCUUCUCAGCACGUCUCUUAUUACACGGAAUAAAGACAAAAACCUCAUCACCAUUCACAGAGAGGUACGUGCUGUGAUAGCAACCUACAUGUCCAAAGAGACAUUUCUGCAAAGCUUUCAACUUGCUGUCCAGCUGUUAUCUCAAGCCUUUCCCAUGGGUGGAGAUAGAUUCAAUCGAGAGCAGCUGCAAAUCGAGAAAGCUGACAUGGUAAUUCCACACGUGCUUAGCCUCAAAGAUCGAUUCUCAGGGCUUCAAUCUGAAACACAAGUAGAAGUGAAACGCAAGUUUGUCGACCUUCUGCAGCAAAGUGCUUGGUAUCUGGUGCAACGGGCAGAGUAUAAAGCUGCCAAGCCGCUAUUCGAAAUAGCACUGUCCAUCUGCGAAUCUAAUCAAUCUCAGAUGCUUGAUCUUCUGGCAGAUACCUUGUUCAGCUAUGCGCGAUACGGGGAGGAGACAAGCACAGCGCCGGAACUGGUUCGUGAUUAUUCCGCUCGUCAUCUUGAGCUUUGUAGGAUCCUUGAUGAUGGUAGCCUCAACAAACAUGAAGACGUGGGUACCGCGCAUACAGGCCUUGGCAAAGCAUAUCUGCUGUUGGAUAGAAAUGAAGAGGCCGUCAACGAAUUUCAGCAAUGCAUCAACAUCGAUUCUGAGUCGCCAGACAUAAUAUCAGGCGAUGCGUUGUCGCAGUUUGCGCUCAUAUACCAAGCUUGGGCUUACAUAGGGCUCGGUCCAGAACGUUACAAUGAUGCAGUCUCAAAUUUGGAUAAGGUUAUCGAAUUUCGAAAGCUUAAAUUCGGAGUCAACGAUGUCCAAUCACCCAAAGUUGGAUAUGCGUUGCAUGCUCUUGGGGUUGUCCGGAAGCAAAAAAUGUGGAAGCAAAGCUUUGAAGCAUAUGAGAACGCCCUUUCGAAUUUUCGGGCUACAGUUGGCAACAACUACUUCCACACAGGUCAUAUCUGCUUGAAGCUGGCAGAGCACCACGCGAGAGCGUCUGAAUUUGACCCUUGUAUAUUUUGCGCAGGCUAUCAAAGUCUUCCAAAGAGAUCAUCAUAAUAAACCAGAAGUUGCUAGGGCCACUUUCAAGCAGUACCUCUUCUACAACACUUUACCUGGUAGUGUUGUUGAUCCUGGAAUGACCGAGGCUCUUCUUAAGCAGGCAAUGAC